ACCCAAAUUACCUUUGGGCCUUCACCCUCUUCCAGCCCCAUCUAUCCCUAUACCGCAACCCAAUCCCUCCUUCCCUCGGCCCACUUCCCCUGAUCCAAUAACUCAACCCCCACUCUCUACAGCCCACCCAUCGCCCUCUGCAGCCCACCCACUCUCAACAACCCAUCCACCCCCCUUGACAGCCCAACCAUCCACUACAGCCCAACCACCGCCCUCCCCUUCCUCACCUGCUGCCCGAUCCCUCGCCCCACCCAAACCCGCGAGACCUCUGCUCCAGUACCGUCGUCGCGUCUCUUCCACCUCUGUCCAACCUCGCACAUCCCUGUCCACUCCUCCUCCAUCCAAAUCUCUCCCCCCUCCUUCCAUCAUUACAAAUCGCCCACCAUUCAAUACAUCCCCUCGCCUCCUUCCCUCACCCAAUCUUUCGUCCUCUGCUGAUGUUCCUCCCCGACGGAUUGUGACUCGCUCCCAAACCGGACAUUUGAAGCCUCGUCAAUUCGUCGCCACCACUGCCUCUACUCUGCCUUCCACGGCGGCAGCGGCUAUGAAGUCUCCACAGUGGCGAUCGGCAAUGACGGUUGAGUUUGAUGCGCUAAUGAGAAAUCAUACCUGGGAGCUUGUCCCUGCUCCUCGAGGAUGCAACGUACUCUCUAAUCGGUGGAUCUUUGCUAUCAAAACCAACCCCGACGGCUCGGUUGAACGAUAUAAGGCGCGACUUGUUGCUCGGGGUUUCCAGCAGAUUCCCGGUCAUGAUUUCACCCAAACAUUCAGUCCUGUACUGAAGCCUGCAACUUUGCGUUUGCUUUUGGGGCUUGCUGUCUCCAAUUCUUGGCCACUACAUCAGCUCGAUAUCUCCAAUGCCUUCUUAAAUGGCACCCUACAGGAGGAUGUUUAUAUGCAGCAGCCUACAGGUUUUAUUAACCCAGAUUUUCCUGAUUAUGUGUGUCGCCUCAAGAAAUCAAUAUAUGGUCUUCGGCAGGCUCCGAGAGCUUGGUUUAAUUGCUUAUCAACAGCUCUUCGCGAGUUUGGUUUCUCUGCUUCUCAGACAGAUCCAUCGCUAUUUAUCUACAGGAGGGGUUCGGCCAUGAUUUACAUGUUAGUCUAUGUUGAUGAUCUUGUUAUUACAGGCACCGAUUCAUCCAUUAUUCAGCAGCUUAUGGUAUUUCUUCGUUCCAAGUUUGCCUUGCGUGAUUUGGGUCGUUUAUCAUACUUUCUUGGUCUCGAAGUGCAUCACACAGCCGAGGGCUUGAUUCUAAAUCAACGGAAGUAUAUACUUGAGCUUCUGAAUCGUUCAGGGAUGUCUACUGCCAAAGCACUCUCCACUCCUUGUACGGCUGAUCAGCUCCUGCAAAGUGCCUCCGAUGUGUCUCCUGCCUUUGCUGAUCCGGGACUCUACAGAAGCAUUGUGGGUGGCCUCCAAUAUCUCAGCUUCACUCGACCCGACAUCUCAUUUGCUGUCAAUCAUGUGUCUCAGUUCCAGCACUCUCCUACUGAUGCUCACUGGGCAGCGGUCAAACGUAUCAUGCGUUACUUACAAGGGACUUUGACUCAAGGCUUGGUAUUUCAACGCUCUCCUCAGCCUCAGCUCCACGGUUAUUCUGAUGCCUCAUUUGCUUCAUGUCCUCGCGAUCGGAAGUCCAUCUCUGGGUAUGCUGUUUUCUAUGGUCGCAAUUUGGUUUCAUGGUCAACUCGCAAGCAACAGGCAGUUGCUAGAUCGUCUACUGAGUGUGAAUACCGGGCUCUGGCCACUUUAGCUUCCGAGGUUAUUUGGUUACAAGCCUUACUCACCGAGAUUGGCCAGCCUCCUUCCUCGUCUCCUGUUCUCUGGUGUGAUAAUUUGGGCGCCACUUACCUUGCCCACAACCCAGUUUUUCACACAAGGUCGAAGCAUAUGGAAAUAGAGUUUCAUUUUGUUCGCGAUCGCGUUAACAAACAACAACUACAUGUUCGGUAUCUGCCCGCCACAGAUCAACUUGCCGAUGUUCUUACUAAGCCGCUUUCUCGACUGCCAUUUCGCAAUUUUUGUUCCAAGUUUCACCUCACCGAGGUUCCACUUGCGGGGGCGUGAUAAGGGAGAGCUAUUCUCGAAACAACCUCAACAGCUCUUGCCCACUUUGUUGUUCUGUUACUUUUCUGUUCCUUACUUCUAGUGAGCUGUUUCUCCUGUACGUAGGAUUAGCAAUCUUGUUGCUAUCUUGUUGCUAUCACUGAUGUAUAUAUACACACACAAUCAAUAAGAACAAUCAGGAUUUCCAAUACACUUUCACAUAUCAC